CAGGGAAAUCGAGGAGAAAGCAGCGACAAACGUCGCAAGGGAAACCGAUAUCGCCUCAAUUAUCCUUAUAUAUAUACAGAAUAUUCGGUGAAGUAACUUGUAGAUUAUAGGUAAACCCUUUCACCUCGUGAAUGAAAUUAUAUUUAGCAAUUUUCAAGUGUGAAUCUCCACCUUAAUGCGGUGGGAUGGCCACAGUGCCGACCGGGCCUAGUAGCGCAUUGCCAGCAUCCCCGGCUGAAAUUACUUCCUUACCCGGGGGUAGGAGCGUGGAACCGGGGGGAGAAGGAGAGUCAGUCGGUGGUAAGGAGGACUCUUUUACUGCGGGGACAGGAAAGGAGUCGCAGGUAACUGAGGUUAAUCGGUCGAUCAAGAAAAAGCAGAAAAAUAUGCUAUCACACGCUAACCCGGCGGCGCUACGCCUCAAAAUGCAGCCCCAGGAGCAACAACAACUGAACGGCUUGGUCAGUCCAUCUGAAGAAGCUGACAGCCACCAAUACACGGAAAACCGAUCUGACAAUCCGAGACCGUCCUUUGAAAACUGUGACAGCAACAGCGAGGGGACUCUGAGCGACAACAACAAAGGUGAGCACUGCCAACAUGAGGGCCACAGCCCAUUUUCAAAGAACAGCAGCCACCCUCUCUUGAACAACAAUAGUAUGAACGGAAUGCUGAGUAUCACAAGAACUGAGGCAGUCCAAAACCACCCAGAAACUGCCGAUCACGCCGAUAACGAAUGGAACGAAGACUGCAACCCAACGGAACCUCCACGACCACCGGGCGAGCCCCCGGAUCACGACCCUCUGGAAUCGACCAAACCCGGAGGUGCAGCGUACCUCGACCCAUCCCAGCAGCCCCCCGUGACAGAACUGGCGAGGCUUGAUUUGAAAGGCUCAUUCGGUAAAGUGGGGGAAGAGAGCCAUGGGAUUCAUUACGUCCGCUACGAGUCCGAAUUACAAAUGCCAUGGAUCAUGAGACUGAUCACCAAGGACUUGUCAGAGCCUUAUUCCAUUUACACGUACAGGUACUUCAUCCACAACUGGCCUCAACUCUGCUUCCUGGCAAUGGUUGAGCAAGAGUGUGUCGGAGCUAUUGUGUGUAAACUGGACAUGCACAAGAAGAUGUUCCGUCGUGGCUAUAUUGCCAUGCUGGCUGUGGACUCCAAACAUCGGAGGAAAAGCAUCGGUACUAACCUGGUGAAGAAGGCCAUCUAUGCCAUGGUGGAAGGUGACUGUGAUGAGGUCGUAUUGGAAACGGAGAUCACCAACAAAUCGGCUCUGAAAUUGUAUGAGAACCUCGGCUUUGUCAGAGACAAGCGGCUGUUCAGAUACUACCUGAACGGCGUGGACGCGCUGCGGCUCAAACUGUGGCUCCGCUAGAGGAAAAGGAAAGGGGAUGUGUGGGGGGGGGGGACCACAGGUGCUGCUCACCUCUUUAUACUAUCAGCUUGAUGGCCUCAAUUCUGCCCCGCUCAUUUCACUCCUCAACACAGACCUACACGUACACUCACUCACACACACACACACACACACGCGCGCCUAUUAUACAGAGAUAAUGCUAUGCACAUAGUUAUGCAUAGACACAUAUUUUUGUCCUUGGCUUCUUUGAACAACUUUUCCUGAGGCUGAAAUGGACAGAAAUCCCCCCCAAAUGUUUUCAUGAAGAGUCCCCCUAUUAACAAGAAGAGACGAGAAGGAGGGGCAUGAGUGAGGGGCAGGUCUCUGAGAUGACCUUGACAGGGACUAGAUGACCCUUUGACCCUCAAGCUCAAGACUCCUUAUUGAACAGGAAGAGAGGUGUGAGGCAGCUCAGGUGGGGGCACGUGUGAGAACCCCAGAGAACAAGGCACCACACCAAGUCAUCCUUCAUGAACACAGGACGGACAAAAGAUUACUAACACCACGCAAAACAAGGAAGUGGGGAAGGGAGGGGGUUAAAAACAGACUCAUAAAAAAAUAUUUGUGGAGUUUAUUUUUGUGUUUCUUUUUUUUUUAAUGUCAUGAGUUACAUGGGGAUGGAAAAGCUAUUGUGUGACUGUAUCUGUACAUGAGAGUAUGAGUGUGCUGUUUUUUGUUUUGUUUUUUGCGCGUGCGUGUGUCUCCUCAGAAAGUGAGUGUACAACCUAUUUUUGUAUGCAUGUGUAUGUGUGUGUGUUUGGGUACCUGCCCAAGUGGAAACUGGUUUUGUGCAAGAUGUUCUCCCUCUGUAUGUUUCCACCACUUGCCUCAGCUCCCCCUACCGGGGCCUGAAGCCUGUAAAGAUAUGCAUGCAUUUAUUUUAACACCAGUGAGGGAACGAGUGUGAUAAGUGUGCAUUGAUUAACAACCAGAACUUGGCCAAGUCUGAGACUAACCCUUCUAGGCCCCUUUCUUCUUCUGCUAAUGCAGGGCUGUUUGAUGUAAGCAUGUUGGUGCAAAGCAGUUGGUCCAAGCAAAUCACUCCCAUAGCAACUCGGACUUUUGCCCAGCUGGUGGAUGCGCCAACUUCCUGGCUGACCAUCUUUCACUGAAACGUACAGUUCUUAAAACCCAGAAAGGAGUGUGGGUGAGAAGAGUUCUCUCUCUCUCUCUCUCUCUCUCUCUCUCUCUCUCUCUCUCUCUCUCUCUCUCUCUCUCUCUCUCUCGCUCUCUCGCUCUCUCUCUUCCUACCCAUUUUGCAGAUCAAAGCUUAUUUUCCCCUAAUGCACUGCAAAGCCACUGCAACACUGCAAAAGUUCCCCGAAGGAGAAAAAGGACUGUUCUUAGAGAGGACCCCUGCCACGGGUGGUGUGAUGUUUGCCCCAGCUAUCACAGUGUUUUCCUUAAGGUUAUUCUUCCAGUUCUUUGUUGCAAGUGCCACUCUAUCCAGCACCGUGCACAACCAUGACUGCAGUGAUCUGCCUGCUGAAGAGCAGACUACCACCGCCUUGGUCUGCUCCUGGUCUUGCUUUGGCAUCAGACUGGAGGUGCAGUAUCAAACAUGCUGGAUUCUUGUUUGAGUGUGCUGUGUAUGCGAUAAAAAGAAAA